CCAUCUUAACACCAACUGGGGAAACUAAACCGACCUUCUUAACCAAAUACAACAGCACAGCAUUUUUUUUUUAUGUUGACAUGGAGGACCAACUAAAACAUUCUUUUUGCCAUACCUGCUUGAGAACAGACAGUGUCAUAAAUAAGGUCAUAAAGAUGUACUGGUCCUUACGAAUGCCCAUAUGCAUACUGUUUUUAACCCUGUCUGCCUUCGAAGUGGCUUCAGCUGAAACGUUAUGCGGCGGAGAGCUGGUGGACGCGCUACAGUUUGUGUGUGAAGACAGAGGUUUCUAUUUCAGUCGACCAACUAGCAGGUCGAACAGUCGACGUUCUCAAAAUCGUGGGAUUGUGGAAGAGUGUUGUUUUAACAGUUGUAACCUAGCUCUUCUAGAACAGUACUGCGCUAAACCUGCCAAGUCAGAGAGGGACGUUUCAGCCACAUCCCUAGAGGUCAUCCCGGUGAUGCCCGCAUUAAAACAGGAGGUCCCAAGAAAACACGUGACCGUGAAAUAUUCCAAAUACGACAUGUGGCAACGAAAGGCCGCCCAGAGGCUACGGAGAGGCGUCCCCGCCAUCCUGCGGGCCAAGAAGUUUAGGCGGCAGGCGGAGAGAAUCAGGGCCCAAGAGCAACUGCACCACCACAGGCCUCUCAUCACGCUUCCCAGCAAGCUGCCGCCCAUCCUUCUUCCCACAGAAGACUAUAUCAGCCACAAGUGAAACCAGGAUCAUUUGCACAGAGUCGAUGAAAAAAAGACUAGGGGAUCAAAGCUUUUUUUGUCUCUGACGUCCUUUCUGUGGCAGUCCUCAACAACCCUUCUUCCUUCCCCACCAGACGUGCUCACACGCUCUUCCAGUUUCUAUUCUUGCUGUUUCAUUCACCAACAAAAAGUCACAUCACAAACGAAAGGAACGCAAUUCAGGUGAAGAAGCAAA